CCCUAGUCCACCCCCCACUCCAGUGUGUCAGCAGCGGAGGCUGACAGACCAACUCGAUCUCCAGUCCGCCGCCACGCCCGAUCCCAAGCGCACCCGCCCAAUCCCCGAUCCAGGAGAGCAGGGCGGCGGGAGGUCGCGGCGGCGCGGCUCGAUCAGGCUGGCCUGCCUCCCGCUCCAGUUACCCCUCCACCCCCACCUCGGGUUUCCCGGUCAGGUAAUGGCAGAGGCCCGCGGAAUCGCUGCUUUCCUCGGGCUUCCGGGGCGGGCGAUCCGAGGCUCGGAGGAAUUGGUUGUCGCGGGGUUGGAUUUGGGCGGUUUCGGGAUGGAAAUUCCAUUUCCGUGGGGACGGCGGGAGGGGAUUUGUGAUCGGUGCUCGUGGUGUAGGGUUUUGUUCCGUGGUUGGUUUCAUCUGUGAAUUGCGAGAGCUGUUCCGCGUGAUUACCUCCAAAUAAUAGGCUGGCUUCAUAGCUUUGAUCCCUCACUCGUGCGUCAUGUAACGAUGGGAAUUUUCGUUUUUGUUUACGGGAAGACGUGGAAAUCGAGAGGUUGCGUGGCUGAAUUUCAUCCUAGUUAGCAGGUUCUAGGUUUGUCUGCGCUCGAUUUCGGGGGAGAAAGUAGCUCUGAUCUACUGGUAUUGAUUACUUGGCUCGUUAUCACAUCGUAGAUUUUUUUCUUUUCUUCCGAUGCUUCAGCCAUGGAUGCGUCGUGUGCAGAUUCAUACGUGUUAUAGACUUGUAGGAACACGAGUAUUGACUUCUGUAAAAUCACCUUCAUGCUCUCGUGUUGCUGGUAUGCUUGCUGCAAUAAGGUAGUUACUUUGCUCGCUGGGAGUGUGUUCCUGGGACUGGGAGUUGUAGUUGGACAGGUGGAUGGCUGUUUCUGAUCGUGUGCCUGAGUGUGGUAAACUGUUAUGAAUCUGGGUUGUGUUAUUGCUUUCUGCAAUGAAAAUUGGGAGCGAAGAGUUCCUCGAUUAGGGGGGGAAAAGCACACGCUUAUCGAUGUAUUUUUCAGAAGUGCUCUGUCUCAUUCAUGUCUUGGUUAGCUUCUACUGUUAUACAUUUCUGUUGUCAUCCAUUUAAAGUUUACAGUAUUUUUUGCACAAUUCAGUACCGUGUUUCUGAGAGAUGACUCGGGCUAAAAGCGAGAGCGAUCAGGAGAUGCCUGCUCUGGACCAGGCUGACUUGGCAUCUCGCGAUGAUGAUAGCGCGAGGGUGUCACCACGUAGGAGACCUGGACCACAACUGAAGAAAGGCCCUUGGACACCGGCCGAGGAUGCCGUCUUGGAGGCGUAUGUUAAGAAGCAUGGUGUGCAGAACUGGAAUGUGGUGCAGAAGGACACCGGACUGUUAAGGUGCGGCAAGAGCUGCCGUCUCCGCUGGGCAAACCACCUGAGGCCCGACCUAAAGAAGGGCACUUUCACCAAAGAGGAGGAGAACCUAAUCAUUAAGCUCCAUUCCAAAAUGGGGAAUAAGUGGGCUCGAAUGGCUGCUCGUUUGCCAGGGCGCACUGAUAAUGAAAUAAAAAACUACUGGAACACUCGAAGAAAGAAAUGCCAGCGCACCUCUACGCCGAUAUAUCCUGCUGAUAUAUGCCUGCAGGCUUCAAAUGAGGAUCAGCAUGAGUCCGCUGACUUCAGUUUUAGUGAGAAGCUGGCCAAUGAUCUCCUCCAUGGAAAUGGUUUAUAUGAUCCCAGUUCCACGUGGGGCGGUUUCAUUGAUGACCAAGAAGCUUUGUCUUAUGCGCCCCAGCUUCCAGAUGUUUCUUUCAGCAAUUUACCUGCUCUGUACUUUGAAUCAAAAAAUUAUGGCUUCAUGGAUCAAGUAAACCAAGCAGAAGUUCUGAAAGAAUCUGAGAUUUCAUUUCCUCUAUUGAACGCGGCCAUUAAUGGCACCUUUGAUGGCAGCCAUGCCUUUUCAAAUGGCAACUUCUCUACUUCUAGGCCCAUAACUGGUCCUUGGAAGAUUGAGCUCCCUUCAUUCCAAUAUGCUGGAUCUGAUCCAAACAACUGGUCCACAUACGGGACCUGUGCUGCGCAGGGUGCCAACUUUGCUGAUCCCUGCAUGCACUCAUCAGCGGCAAUGGCAUCAGCUAAGUUUGAGCACAUGUGCGUUGUACCAAGGAACAGCGGUCAGUUUGAAGAGCCGCUUCCAGAAGCUCAUGCAGUAAGCUCUGCAGAGAACCAACAGCUGUCCGUGGGGAGUUCAAGUGCCUCUACUGGCUCACCCUGCGAUGCUAUGGUGGAAACAUCAGAGCUUCAUCUCUUGGAACAAGAUCCCAACCUGAACGCUCUUGUCAACAGCUGUUUUUCCGCCCCGCCUCUUUGCCAAGCAUCGCCUGAUGAGCUACAGUGCUCCGAUUUUUCGUCUGCAGCGAGCCCUGUGUUUGGAUCCGAUGAACCAACAGUCCCCCAAUACGAAAUAGGAUAUCUCUUACCUCAUCCUGAAGAUUCCAGGACAGACGCGUUCUCCCAUUGGAGCGCGAUGCCAUCCGUCUUCCAGUGAUGCGAUCCGAACGGGUCACAAAAAUGUUGCAGGCAGGCAUCUGUGAGCGACAUCCCUUCGAACCAGACGAAAUCUCCAACUGGCCUCCAAUAAAGCUGUAGAACCAUGGUCCUGAGUAAAACUCCCUCGUGUUCAUGAACACAACUUGCACGACGCGCUCACUUUGGCCAUCCUUGAAAAUGCCCACGUAUAACUAUGUCAAGAGGUUCGUUGUUUGCCCGAACACGCGCCAAGCUGCCACGUUGCUGCCCACCUGGCAUCCUCCUGGAGAAGAGGGAGGAAGGAGAGCACGCCACCUGGGCGAAAAGUGGUAGCCUUGACUCUUUCUCUCUCUCUUCCAGCAGGGUGCCAGCGGGCACAAGGCGGGUGUCGCUUUGGACAGCAUUGAUCCUCUUGUUACCAAGUUGAUCGAACGAGCUGGAUGGACAUUUUCAAAGUUGGAUGGCCAAAGUGAGCGCUUGACGCAUGUCGACUGACUGCGAGUGGUUUCACUAAUUUUUUUGCUAUUCUUAUCACAACUUUGCCACCUCCGUCGCCUGCCUGUACCUGUAACACUGGUGUGUCGCUUGAACAUUCCUUGGUUAUUCUAUUCCACGUGGUAGGGCUGUA